AAAUAAAUAAUAUUAUUAUCAAUUUAAAUCAUUAUUAUGAUGACUCAAUGUGUCAGUAAACAAACAUAUCGAGGUUAGAUAUUUAACAAAUAUUCACUGGUAGCUGGGGAAAGACAAGCAACCCAUGGAAACAAAAAUUUAUUUAUAAUAUAAAAGUAUAACCAACAGCAAAAAUCAUCAUGAUUAAUAGCAUAUUAUUUAGAUAAUAAAAAUUUUCAUGUGGAAGAAAAAGUAAAUAAAAUGGGAACUAAAAUACUCAAUGAUAUUCAAAAUGAUCUGAAGCUAUUGAUAAUAUCAUUGACUGGCUUUGAAGAAUCAGAUGAAGCAUUUCGAGUGUGUGAAAAAUAUGUUACCUCAAAUAUCAGUCAUCAUCGUUUUUUGUCAAUUGACAGUCAUGCAACUAAAAGAAAAAUAGCUGAUGUUAAAAAAAAAUUUAUUAUUCAUGGAAAAUAUGAUGUUGCUAGAGAGUUUGAAAGACUUGUUGAUACAUUUUUAACAAGUUUUGAUUUUGAGCAUCAUCCACAGUAUGAUUUACAAUGGUCAUUGCUAUUACUUAUAUUGGAAUUAUCAACUGACACAACUAAAUCAAGCAUUGAUUGUCUUCAAGUGUCAUCCAUUGAUAAAAGUUUAUCAAUAACAGAAGAAAAUGAAGUUAAUGAAAUUGACUGGGCUGAACAUCUUAAAGAAGGUCAAGAAAAUUUCUUUUGUCAAUAUCAAAGCAGCUCAGAAAGUGAUUGGUCAGAUGAUGAGGAUGAUAAAAAAAAAGAUGAUAAAAAAAUAUCAAGACUAGAAAUUAAAGAAGGCAAUAAAAAAUUAAUACCAACUGAAGAAAAUGCUUUACAAAAAAUUGAUCAUUUUGAUCAAGUUACAAAAUCACGUAAUUGGCUUAAUUCAAAUAUUGAAAACUCCUGGUGGAAUGAUGUAAAUAAACAUGAAUCACAAGUAGUCAGUAGAUUUUCACAUGCCCAUUUAUGUGCAAUUUAUCACAAAGAAAUUAAAAGAACAACUCUAGAUGUUGGAACAAUUACUGAGUAUCAAGCACUCAGAGAAGUUUUAUGGAUGUUUCAUGUACCCAUGGAAAUGGUUGUUUAUUAUGAAAAAACAGAUAAUAAAUUUUUUGUUAAAGAUAAUCUAUCAAUUCCAAGUUUAACACCAGCAGCAUUUAACAGUGCUUUUACAAGUUUAACACCAUAUUUUUCAAUGAUAAAUAGGCUAAAAUUAUUUGAAAAAAAUUUACAUUUAAAAUAUAAUAUUAAUGAAUUACCACCAUUAACACUUGAAGCUUAUAUUGCAUCAAUGAAACAACACAUGAGUCAAGUUAAAAAUAAUAUUAUUGAAAUUGAAAAAAAAGUAAUGCGUCAAGAUGAUAUUAAUACAUUUUUAACACUUACAAAAGAUCUUCAAUCAGAUUUAAAAACAAUUAAUUUACUUGAUGGUAUUCAUUGUUUAGUAACAUCAAAUUUAAUUGAAUCUGAUAAUCAUAUAAAAUCAUACAGAUUACUAUCAAGUAUUUAUCAACAAAUGGAAGCAUCAAGUAGUCGUGAACGAACAAAUCUUUGUGCAAGUAUUUAUCUAUCAAGUCUAAGUGUUUAUUUAAAUAUUGUUGAUACUUGGCUUAGUGAAGGACGUCUUGAAGAUUUUAGACAUGAAUUUUUGAUAAAUAAAGUCGUUGAUAAUACUAAAAGUGAGGAUGAUUUAACACGUGUUACAUUUGUUACAACUAAAUGUACUGAUAAAACAAUAUCAGAUCCAGUAUUAAUUAAAUUAUUUCAAAAAGUCAUGGAUAUUGGAAGAAGCAUUGAAAUUCUUGUAACAUUAGAUAGAUUAUCAGACAUGUGGAAAAAAAAUACAAAACAAUUUGAAAAUAAUAGAGUACCAUUGAGUGUUGAAUUUGUUACACAAGUACUUUUUGAACUUAAAAUUUAUAGUUCAAAUAAUAAUAAUGAUGAACCAGAUAUGAUUGAACAAGAUGAAGAUGUUGAUAGUUCUUCAACAAAAUCAGAAAAAUUAUCAGGCAAUAAUACAAUUUCAGAUAUGGAAGAAAAUAUUAAACAACAAAUAUUAAGAAUUAAUAAUCCAUUUCUUAUGAAAGCAUUUCAAACUUAUUUACCACCAGUAUUAAAUAUUGAUACUGUUGAUGCUAAAAGUAAUAAUAAAAACAACAAUAAUAGUACUGAAAUAUAUGAUAAACUUGAAAAAAUAUCACCUUAUAUAUUGCCAUUUAGAAAAGUACUUGAAAAUGUAUUAGAUGAAAUUUUAGAUCGUAGAUAUUCUUGUGCAGCAAAACUUGUUAAAGAUAUUCUUGUUAAUGAAUAUAAAUUGGAGCAUCAUCUUAAAUUAAUGAGAUCAAUUUAUAUGAUGGAACGUGAGCAUGUUAUGAAGAAAUUUUUUCAACAAGAAAUGUUUUAUGCUAUUGAGAAUCAUUCAUCAAUAACAAAUCCUUAUUCAAUGAGAAUAUUUAUGGAGGAAGUAUUGCCAGAUGAAUGGCGUGAUUCAAAAUCAGAUAAUCAUUGGUCAAUGACAAUAAAUGAUAUAAGAACAAGACAAGUACUUCAAGCAGUUGAUGGAACUGUUCUUCAUUAUUCAAUUAAUUGGCCAGUUAACAUGGUACUGACUGAUGAUACUUUAGAAAAAUAUAAUACUAUUUUUAAAUUUCAAUUGAAACUCAAGUGGGCAGUAUGGACAUUGAGUGAUCUUAGAUUUAAAGAUUUAGAAGAAAGUUGUGAUGAUGAUAUGACAGAUGUUCUUCAACAUUUUUAUGCAAGAAGAUUAGAGUGUCUCAGAUUUUGGCUGUUGCAUGCAAUAGGUUCAAUACAUUCAUAUCUAUCAGGUCAAGUGCUCCAAAAUCUUGGCUCAAUUCUAGAAAAAAAAUUAGCUAAUGCUAAUAAUUUAUAUUCAAUAAUUGAAGCUCAUAAUGAUUACUUGGAUAGAGUUCAUGAACACUGUCUUCAAACACCUCAAUUUUCUGACAUCCUAGUAACAAUUAAUAAUAUGCUUGGAAUGUGUGCCCACGUUCGUGAUCGAUGGAAAAAUGGAGCCAAACAAUUAAUUUCAUCAGAUUUGGAUAUAAUGGAAACUAGCUAUACAAAGUAUCACACUUAUCUUGCUUUGGCUUUACACAAUGCUGUUCAAAAUAAAGAAGCUGAUUUCUACAAAAUGAAUCUCAAACUUCAAGUUAUGAAAGAUCAUCUUGCUGAAAUUGCCCAUCAAAGUCUUCCACCAUCUGGUAUUCCAAUUCCUAUUCCACCCCUUGUACAAAAACACAACCAAUACUGGACAGAAAUAAAUAAAGAUGAAUUAUCACUGAGUGAAUAUGAUGAUACAUUUGUUUAUCUUUGGUAUCAGUCAAUAAAUAAUUCAUUAGCUGUUAAUUUAUCAGAAUAUGAUAUCAAUGAAGAACUACUUAAUUUUAUGGAUGAAAAUAAAUUUUAACUGCUUGAAUAAAUUUAUAAAAACAAUUUUGAAAAAUUAAAGGCGAACAGAAAAUCAAGGAGGUAAAUUUUUAAAUACAUUUAAUCGAUAAUAUUAAAUAAACAAGAACGAUUGUAUAUAUUCUUGUGUAUCUUCAUUGUAAUUAUUUUAUUUAUCAUAAUUGAAAUUUUUAUCAAUCACUUUUUUUAUUUUUCGUAACUCAUUAAAUACCUCUUUGACCAUUCUAUUAUCCUGAUACUAAACUUUAAUAUUUUUGCCUAUUCUAUAUUCCUGAUGCAAAUAGAAAAAUUUUUUUUUCAAAAAGUUUCUGGCAAAUAUAAAAUUGAAGAGGUA